AUGGCCAAGGGACGCGUCUGUUUGGCUUACUCUGGCGGUCUUGAUACCUCGACCAUUCUGCAAUGGCUGAUCGAGGAAGGCUAUGAGGUCGUGUGCUUCCUCGCCAACGUCGGCCAGGAAGAGCCCUGGGAUGAGGUCGAGAAGAAGGCGCUCAAGAUUGGCGCGAAGAAGAUGAUCAUCACCGACCUGCAGAAGGAGUUUGUCGAGGAGCUCUGCUUCCGCGCCGUCCAGUGCAACGCUUCCUACGAGGGCCGCUACCUCCUCGGCACAUCGCUUGCCCGCCCCGUCAUCGCCCGCGCGCAGAUCCGAGUUGCUCAGCAAGAAGGCUGCGACUUCGUCUCCCACGGCUGCACCGGCAAGGGCAACGACCAGGUCCGCUUCGAGCUCGCUUUCUACACUCUCCAGCCUACCAUCAAGGUCAUCGCGCCCUGGAGGCUGCCUGAGUUCUGCGACCGCUUCAAGGGCAGGCAGGAUCUGCUCGACUACGCUGAGAAGCACGGCAUUCCCGUCACAUCCACCAAGGCCAAGCCAUGGAGCAUGGACGCCAACUUGGCCCACUGCUCCUACGAAGCCGGUAUCCUUGAGGACCCCAACGUCUCUCCCCCCGACGACAUGUGGACCAUGACUCAGUCCCCGCUCGCCGCCCCCGACAAGCCCACCGACAUCACCAUCCACUUCGAGAAGGGUGUCCCCUCCAAGCUUGUCACGCCCGAGAAGACGUACACCGACUCGGUUGAGCUCUUUGUUGCGCUCAACAAGCUCGGUCACAUGCACGGCAUCGGCCGCAUCGACAUCGUCGAGAACCGCUUCAUCGGCCUCAAGUCCCGCGGCUGCUACGACUCCCCCGCCAUGACCGUCCUCCGCCUCGCACAUUUGGACCUCGAGGGUCUAGUCAUGGACACCCAAGUCCGCAACCUGCGCGACCAGUUCGUCUCGCACAACUGGAGCUACCAGCUCUACAACGGCAUGUACUUCUCGCCCGAGCGCGAGUUCAUCGAGAACAGCCUGCUCUUCUCGCAGCGCCGCGUCAACGGCGAGGUCCGCCUCACGCUGUACAAGGGCAACGCGUACGUGCUCGGCCGCAGCAGCCAGACCGAGAAACUGUACAGCGAGGAGGAAGCCUCGAUGGACACGCUCGACAACUUCAGCCCCAUGGACACCACGGGCUUCAUUGCCAUCCAGAGCAUCAGGCUGAAGAAGUACGGGCUGCAGAAGCAGGAGGAGGGCGCUAACCUCAGCCGCGCGUAG